GGGUUGCUAUUGUAGAUGCGUCCGCACCUGAACACAGAACGAAGUGGGAUAAGUAACCAAACAGUAAUUAUGAUUAUUGAAUUUUGUGUUCCCUUUGUCAAAUAGUGACAAAGUAAAUCAAAUCCAACCAAAGAGAGAGACUCUUACAGGACCAAAGUUCAUUCUUCCAUGUUCUUCUCACAAUCUCAAUCUUUCAACCUCUAUCAACUUUUUCUCUCAUCAAUGGGACUGCUUGGUUCCAAAAUCGGAGGGUAUCCGAAAAGAUAGCUCUGGAGCAUCGGUGAUUGAAAAAAUUAUGUGUCUAUUCUUUGGUUGGAGCGGGGGUGUGGAAUAGAUGCUUGAAUCUGAAAUUUUGCUUGAUUUGGGGGUUUGGAGGAAUUAUAUAGAUAGAGGACAUGGAUUGUGCUGGGCAUUCUUCUAAAUCAGGGUCUGGAGUUUGUGUUGCUCAAUCAGUAGAAAAUGGAGGUUUUGGUGGAGAUGGGAGGUGCUGCAAGCAAGCUUCCCCUCCAAGGAGUGGUGGGUCCAGGAAUACUAGUCCAAUGGGGCGGGGAGGGUCCAGGAACACGAGCCCUUCGCGGCAGAAGGUUGUUAAGACCAAGCCAAGGGGUUUGGAUGAGGAAACUCUUGCCACAUUUGGUAAGGUAGUGCAUGCUGAUGUUCAAAUGGAGGAUAAUAUAUGGGCAAUGUUGCCCGAGGACUUGUUACAUGAGAUCUUAGCUAGGGUGCCUCCGUUUUUAAUUUUCCGCCUCCGAUUGGUUUGUAAACGGUGGAAUUCUCUGCUUCAAGAUAGUAGUUUUCUCAAAUUCCAUUCCAGUGUGCCAUCACACGGGCCGUGUCUCCUUACAUUUUGGAAGAACACGCAGAUCCCGCAGUGUUCUGUUUUCAGCUUACCACUGAAAUCUUGGUAUAGAAUACCGUUCACUUUCUUGCCACCAUGGGCAUUCUGGUUAGUUGGCUCUUGUGGUGGUCUUGUUUGCUUUUCUGGGCAUGAUGGACUAAUGUUCAAGACCCUGGUGUGUAACCCUCUAACUCAAACUUGGAGGGCAUUGCCUAGUAUGCAUUACCAUCAACAAAGGCAACUGAUAUUGGUUGUUGAUCGGGUGGAUCGGUCAUUUAAAGUGAUAGCCACCAGCGAUAUUUACGGUGACAAGUCAUUGCCAACUGAAGUUUAUGACUCAAAGAUCGACAGUUGGACAAUUCAUCAGAUUAUGCCAGCAGUUAAUCUCUGCUCUUCAAAAAUGGCGUAUUGUGACUCCAGAUUGUACUUAGAAACCCUUUCACCGCUGGGUCUGAUGAUGUAUAGAUUAGACACAGGUCACUGGGAACAUAUUCCGGCUAAGUUUCCUCGAUCUUUGUUGGAUGGUUAUUUGGUUGCUGGUACCCAAAAACGUCUUUUUCUUGUUGGAAGGAUUGGCCUUUAUAGUACUCUUCAGAGUAUGAGAAUUUGGGAAUUGGAUCAUACCAAAUUUACGUGGGUGGAGAUCAGUAGGAUGCCCCCGAAGUAUUUUCGUGCUUUAUUGAGAUUAUCAGCGGAGCGAUUUGAAUGCUUUGGGCAGGAUAAUCUAAUCUGCUUCACGUCUUGGAACCAAGGGAAAGGCCUUCUAUAUGAUGUGGAUAAAAAGAUCUGGUCAUGGAUUGGUGGGUGUGCUCUCCAGUCAUACAACAAUCAAGUUUGUUUCUAUGAGCCGAGGUUUGAUGCUUCUAUCUACUAAGUUUGAGUCUUAUGACAUGGUGUCAGUUGUACCUCAACAUUUACAAUGACUUUCUUGACGUGUGUUCUUUGCAAUGACAUUCUCUCUGACCAUUCAUAAUGUUAUUGCUCAAAACGGGCUGAUUUUCUUCAUCAGUAAAAUGUCUUACCUGCUGUAAUGAACAGCAUGCAUGACUCUGGAUACUGGUUCAGCUCCAUAGACAGAUUUUUGUGAAUGGAAUUCAAGAUGAAAGAUAAUGCAAGAGGAAGUGGGGGACAGCGUGACUGGGACGUGGAAUUGAUGUACAAUGCUGAAGGAAAGAUUAUUAACUUCUACAAACGGGUUUGGAUGUUUAAAAAGGGAUUGCAGCUGUUGAUGUGCGGGAAACAUUUUUUUGAAGACAUUUUCUUACCUUACCAAUUGGAGAUCCUUUAGGGCAUUGAAACUGUGCAUCCUAAAUUUUAACUGCUUUUCUGCUCGACGGCUCACCGGUGUAAUGUAACUGUUUUGAAGCUUCUCUUGAAACAUUGACCAUAAGUAACUUUCUCGUGUAAAUUGAUUCUCCCAACCUUUGUUUUUUACUCAUGAAGAGAAUGGUUAACUUUAUAA